AGGACGAGGAGGAGGAGGAGGAGCGUGGUUCCAGGUGCGAGGUGCAGGGCCCUGCGGUCGCCGCAGACGGCGGCGCUCUCGUCAGGGCGGUCGGCUCGGCGCGGCGUGCUCCCACAUCGCCUACGAGCUGGCCCUCAAGCGAGUGCGGCACAGAUUCCAGGAGAGCGGCAUCCAGCUCAGCAUGAGGAUGUCCACGCACGCCUCCGUGCCCUGGGCAACCGAUUUCGACCGCAGCCCCGGUCACGUCACUUCGCAGCAGGCUCCCAGCGAUACGAGCACUACGUGGACGACGUCACAGUCGAGUUCCUGGCCGACUCCCCUCAGGAGUUGCUCGUCCAGGUUGACCCGGCAGUGGACAUCAUCACCGAGGAGUUCCGCAGGGUCGGCUUCGUGAUCAACGUGGGACUUGGGAAAUCUGCGAUCAUUGCGUGGAUGUACUGCCAGGGCUCCCGUACGACCUGGAGGACACGUUUCCUCUCCAUGGGGCGGCCGGUCUAUCGAUCACCUGCAGGACUAGAGCUCGAUGUUGUACAUGAUUUCCCGCACCUCGGCACAACGCUGCAAGCGUCUGGUCGGCACAUCUCGGAUGCCAAGCAAAAGACGUCCAAGGCCCAGCUAACCUACGCCCCCCCAGCAGUGCACAUUUUUGGAUGCAGCUCCCUGCGGUGCUCCACGCGAUCGACUUUAGCUACAAGCUUGGUUUUUUGGAAGAGUCACUACGGCAUAUCAGCCUGGCGUGGAGACGACCCUCAAGCCAUGGCCAUUAUGAAUGGCCAGUACCAUCGUGUCCUCAGGAGGAUCUCGGGCGACAUGCGCUACGGGGCCCGUGACACGGCCACCGACGAGGAGGUCAGGCAGACGGUGCACGCCCCGCUCUUCGCGUCGAUGGUCCAGGCCCGGAGGCUCUCCCAGCUCGCAUCCCACUUCACGGCAGCGUCAAAGGUAGUCCAGAUGAUGGUCGAGGCUCUCCCGAAGCCCCCGUCGGCGCAGAUGCUGCUCUACGACCUCGAGCAGUUCGCGGUGUCUUUCCCCGACGUGGGGCAGAAGCUCGGCUCGCCCUCCGCACGCCCGGAGAAGUGGAAGGCAUACAUCGUCGAACCCCCUCGGCGCUGGAAGAGCCAAGCCGCCCUGAUGAAGUGGUGGAUCCCUGACUGGCCCGACCCGCCGGCCACGCGCAGGCUGAGGGGGAAGCAGACCCCUCCCCCUCCGGCUGCCGCGGCCCAGCCUUUUCUCACUUGCCCCGCUUGCGGCAAGCAGUGCAAGGGUCCGCAAGGCUUGGCCGCGCAUUUAAGGCGCAAGCACGGCAGGAAAAUGACUUUUCGCAGUUUCUGCAUUGGGUCAGUGUGCCCAGCCUGUGGUGUAGAUUACCACAUCCGUCCUAGGGCGUUGCACCACUUAUAAUUCUCUUCCGAAGCGUGUCGCGCCGCGAUGCUCGCAGAAGAGCUGCACGAGUGUAGCGCGGAGGAGAUAUCCGCCUCGAAUUUACGCGACCGCAUCACGCAGAAGGCCGCUAACCUUCGCGGCGACACCCAGGCGCGCGCACUAGCCCCGCCCUCGCGCGGCCCUGGCGCACGCAAGCGUGGAAUUGGCCCGCGGGGUCCUUCCGGACACCAGCGCCGAGCGAAGGUCCGACGACACAGGUAGAACACGAUUCAUAUCGAGACGUUUUUUCGUGUCAGCAUCCGUGAUGACAGGGGAUCCCUUUCACCUGGUGUGAGUUUUCUCCCCUUUGAGCAGAGGCACCACGCCUCGUGCUGCUGGGGUUUCUCUCGACACAGCAGCAGCAGUCAUUGAAGAGCUCCAGACACCGCCUCUAGCCAGCGCAAG